AUGGCAGCCACGUACGGCUUCCGGCCAGAGUACCAGUCGCUGCUGAGCGCCAGCCGCCCGGGCUCGAGCACCCUCUCGCAGCCGUCGGACUUCAUCCACACCGAGUUCAACUUCGAGCCCUACAUCAAGGCGCAGCUCUCGCUCAAGCUCGACAACGACGCCCAGCUCUGCCCCGACUUUCUCGCCACCCGCUCCUGCCCGCGCUCCACGGCGUGCCCGCGCCGCCACGUCUCCCCUUCGCCCCUCAACUUCCUCGCCCCCAACUCGCACCUCCUCCGCGACCCAAACAAGCGCACCGUGUGCAAGCACUGGCUCCGCGGCCUCUGCAAAAAGGGCGAACAGUGCGACUACCUCCACGAGUACGACCUACGCCGCAUCCCCGAGUGCCGCUUCUUUGCCACCUUUGGCUUCUGCAACAGCGGCGACGACUGCCUCUACCUCCACGUCGACCGCAAAAUCAAGCGCAGAGAGUGCCAGCGCUACAACCGCGGCUUCUGCCCGAGAGGCCCCGACUGCCCCAAGAAGCACGUUCGCCGCGUCGCCUGCCCGUGGUACCUCUGCGGAUUCUGCCCGCUCGGUCCAAGCUGCAAGAUGGGACACAUCAAAUCGACACCCCCCUCGGCGGCAUCGCGCUCCUCGUCGCCCAUCCAGACGCACCGACCGCUGACGGCCGCAGAGGCCUUUGGCGGCGGUGAUCGACUGGGGGCGCGCGACGACGGCGGCUUCGACGGCCCGCCGGGGCGCAGACCGCGCUACGGCGCCGACGCCGGUGCGUCGGGUCCCGGUGGCGGCGGUCCACCUGGGUCGAGGUCGGACCAGAUGGGACCCAGAGGCGGUCGACCCUCCGGCGGCGGCGGCGGCGGUGGUGGCGGAGGAGGGUGGAAGAAGGAUCUCAGCGAAGUCCUCUGCUUCAAGUGCGGGGAGUACGGCCACUUUGCCAAUACGUGUCCCAACCCGAACCGGCCGGGCAAUCGGGGCGGCCUCGAACGGACGACGGGCGGGCGCGAACGCAGCACGGGCGGCCGUGGCGGUGCCGGUGGUGGUCGGCCUGGACCGUACUAG